AUGUCAAGUUCAGCUGCUACUCAUGAUGUCUUUACUCAGAAAAAUCACAAUACUGAAGAAUGUGAACAGAAAGAACAAGACAAGAAUGUCAAGAAAGAGAAGCUAAAUGCUAAGAAGGAGAAGGAAAAGCAGAAGCAGAAACAUUUCAAUAAUCUAGCAGAACUUAGGAAAAACUUUUUUAUCAAGUAUAAGAACAAGAACAUCACUUUUUUCAUGAUAAAAACAACAUGA